GGCUCCCACAGGGAGGCAAGCUGGGUUCGUACUGUGCAUCUGCAGCCAUGAAGGCAUUUGCAGCUGCCCUGCUUGUCCUGGCUACCGCUGCUCUUCUGUCUACAGGGAAAAAAUUCCGAUGGUGCACGCUUUCCGACCUGGAACAAAGGAAAUGUUCAGAACUAUCCAAAGUGCUUCUGACCGUGCUGCCUCCUGUGACAAUCAAUGCCUUUGCCAGGGUCUCCUGCAUUCGGGCUCACAACACUUACGACUGCAUUGACAAGAUCAGAGUGAAUAAAGCAGACGCUGCCUCCUUGGAUGCUGGAGAAGUGUACUCUGCUGUAAAGCUUUAUGGCUUGACUGUGGUGGCAAAGGAGAUCUAUGUGGAAGGCAAUUGUGUGUUUGCCGUCGCCGUCGCCAGACGAGGAAUACUGAAUAUCCAAAGCCUAAAAGGGACCCGUAGUUGCCAUAACGGAGCCAGGUGGACCUCAGGCUGGAACCUCCCUGUGGGCUUCCUUCUGACGAGGAAUGACCUGGGAUGGGCGGAGGAUCAGCCCCUCAGCCACGUGAUCAGUGGUUAUUUCAACGCCAGCUGCAUUCCCGGCACGGGAGCCCCCUCCUCCCCGCUGUGCGCUCUCUGCCAAGGACAGAAAUCAUACGUCUGGGACAAGAACCACUUCUGUGAGACCAGCAGCAACGAACCCUUCUAUGGCUCAGAGGGAGCCUUCAGAUGCUUGAGGAGCGGGGUGGCAGAUGUGGCUUUCCUGGAUCAUCUCACGAUCAUGAACGCCACCGAGUCAGAACAAGAAGACUAUGAGCUGCUAUGUCCCGAUGGAUCCACAGCACCCUUGUCUGCCUAUGCUACCUGUAGCCUGGGCCGUGGGCCAGGACGGGCUGUUGUCACACGCCACAACUUCCAGAAGAUUACCAGGAAGUUUCUCACCACCAUCCAGCACCUCUUUGGAAAGAAGGGAAGGGAAAAGGCCCGGUUCGAGCUCUUUGCAUCUGCACCCUUCCGAGGGAAGGACCUGCUCUUCCAGGACGCGACGCAACGCUUGCAGCUGAUUGAGGAGGCCGAGAUCAGCCGUGUCCUUGGCCUGGAUUACGUCGCUCUCCUGCAGGGUUUGGGCCACGAAGGGAGCUCCCUCUCCAACCGCCUGGUACGCUGGUGUUGCAUCAGCGACGCCGAACUCCACAAAUGUGAGGAGUGGGCUCUGCAUGUCAGCUCUGACCCGCUGGUCUGUGUCCAGGCAGACUCUAUGGUCAGCUGCAUUCAGCUCAUCAAGAACAACGAGGCAGAUGCUGUUACGCUGGACGCCACACACGCCUUCUUCGCAGAGACCUGUGCGCUAGUUCCUGUUGCUGCAGAAUGUUACACGGAAGAAUGCGCUCCAACCAAAAGAGAAGAGGGAGCAGAGAAUCAGCCCCCCGUUGCCACAGCGCUCCCUCUGCUCUACGCAGUGGCCCUGGUGAAGAAGGCGGCCAAGCACAUAAGCCUCUACAACCUGGCGGGAAGGCGCUCCUGCCACAGCCAUGCGUACAGCCCAGGGGGAUGGCUGCUCCUUUCCCAGUACACAGUAGGAGCUCUGGAGAAUGGAACCACCUACUGUAACCUCAGCUCUGCUUACCAGGAUUACUUUUGGAAGGGCUGCAUGCCAGGAGCUGAUGGGAAUCUUUGCAAAGUCUGCAUCGGACAAGAGGAGAUGGAGGGAGAAAAGGGAUCAUCCAGGUGUGCAGCCAAUCAUAAUGAACGCUACUAUGGCAACCUGGGUGCCCUCAGAUGUCUCUCGGGUGACCCCAGUGGAAGAAGUUUUGGGGAUGUGGCUUUCUUGGAACAUCAUAACCUGCUCCAGAAUAUUAAGCAUCUGGAUAGCUCAGGCUGGGUGACAGGAUCUGUCCCGGGGGACUUCGAACUCCUGUGCCUAGAUGGGAGCCGAGCGGCAGUGUCCGACUGGAGAGCCUGCAACCUGGGCCAUGUGCCUCCCAAUGUAGUUGUGACGCGCCCUGUGACCGUAGCCAAGGUCCAUGACUUUCUGAUGAAGUCCCAGGAAGCCAGCGUGGCAUCUACCUUUCAGCUCUUUCAGUCCCAGAAAUACGGAGAAAGUGACCUGCUCUUUAAAGAUGCCACCCAGCAUCUCAGCCCGGCAAGCCACCUGGGCUACAAGGCCAUUGUCGGGGAGACCUUCCUCCAGCUUGCGGAAUCUGUCUUUAGCUGCACGCCUGCAGGCAUCCUGGACUUCUGCAAACAGGAUAGUUGUGCCUAUUCAGCAGAGCAGUGAUGUUAUGUCCAGAGAAACCCCAAGAUGAUAUAGUGUCUGUGAUUUGCACAGGACCAUCCGAUGCAGAUCUGCUGAGGGGUCAGUGAGGCUUCAUCACAGCUAAGUGCGUCUACGAUUGGGGCUGAAGUUUACCUCAUAGUUUUGCCUACAUCCGCUGGAUCUUAGUUAAUAUUUUGUGGUUCAGUCUCCUCUUCUCUAAAUUAUAUUCUUUUCCUUGUACUUUUUUGUUGUUGAAAUU